AGCGAGGCGAGGCGAAGCGAGGCGAGGCGCGCAAUGCAAUGACGGGCAACUUGUACGCAGCAGCUGUGAGCGAUCGCGUGCAGAGGGACGAAAUGGGCAUGGCCAGCGAAGACCUGCUGGUGACCCUGCAAAUAUUACCCGCUUUCUUUUCCAACUGCCUUUUCCUGGCGCUCUACGACUCAAUGGUGCUCGUCAAGCGCAUUGUUUCGCGCUUGCGUUGCUCCAGGUCCGCCGCCGCUGCCGCUGCCGCCGGCUCGGGAAAGUGGCGUCGCAUGUUGACAAGGGCUGGGAUCCGCUCCAUCUGGAAGAGUUUCUUGCUGGACGCUUACAAAAAGGUCAAAGUGGGCUGCGAGGCACCAAACUCCAAAGUGGUCAAGGUGACGACAGCCAGUUCUCAUCGGUGCAAGAUGAUUGAGCCUAACCAGCCAGGCGGCGGCGGCGGCGGCGGGAGGCUCGGCGAGCCGGACGAAUGCCACCUCCUGGAUUUGGAAUCGUCAGGUCGCCCUCUGGUGGUCAACUUUGGCUCAGCCACUUGACCCCCCUUUGUCAGCCACCUGCCCACCUUCGUGCGCUUGGUGGAAGACUUCAGCCACGUGGCUGACUUUGUGCUGGUGUACAUCGACGAGGCUCAUCCAUCUGACGGCUGGGCGGCCCCGCCUACGGGCCCUCGCUCUUUUGACGUACGCAAGCAUCAAAGUUUAGAAGAGAGGCUGGGAGCGGCACGCCAGCUGAUUGAUCACUUUUCUCUGCCCCCACAGUGUCAGCUGGUAGCUGACUGUAUGGACAACAAUGCUAAUAUGGCUUACGGCGUUUCCAACGAACGCGUGUGUAUAGUACAACGCAGAAAGGUACGCUAUCUGGGCGGCAAGGGGCCUUUUUUUUACAAUCUCAACCAUGUGCGCCAGUGGCUGGAACAAAGCUAUGGCAAACGGUAGAAGGAGAGAGAGAGAGAGAGAGAGGGAGAGAGAGAGUAUCCUGACUUUUGACCUCAAAAAUAACCUGGCUUUUUAUUUGUGCCUAGGACUAAAGCCGUUGGUUUGCAUACUUAGCAAAGGGCCCAUUCAUACGCAUUCUUGGUCAAAAUUGUUUGAGGUGGCUCAUGCAGUGGUGCAAUGAACAACAUGAGAGGUUUUCUUUUGAUAACUAAAAAGGUUAUUGUUAUGUCCUCCAACAGAGACAAUACGUUUUGGUCUUCUGAUUGUCCUAAAUGUACCAUUUGUGAGUUGAGUCUCUAUAGCAGGGGUGGGCAAUUGCGGUCCUGGAGGGCCCCUCGAGGGCCCCCCGGUCGGUGUCCUGCAUGUUUUCUAUGUCACCCUGUUGCAACACACCUGAUUCAAAUGGUCCGAUAAUUAGCAAGGUCUGCAGAAGCUGGAUAACAAUCCGGAUCAUUUGAAUCAGGUGUGUUGCAGCAGGGAGACCUAUAAAACACGCAGAACACGGGCGGGCCCUUGCGGACCGACCGCAAUUGCUCACCCCUGCUCCAUAGCGUCAUGCUUGUGCACUAUUCUUGGCACAGCUCCAACUUAACUCUAUUCAUGACUGGCUUUUUUAUGAAAAUCAUUUGUUGCUGACUUGCUGUUGUUUCUUCCUCCUGUGCAGUUGAUCCUCAAUAACCUGUCCUUAAGUGUAACAACAACAACACCACCACCAACCUAGGUUCUAAUUGAGACAUCAGACGAGCAAUCUGUGACAAUGAAGCCUUUGAACAUUCUUCUUCAUCCACUGUCAAGUCAUGUUGCGGCAUGAAUUUGACCACCUCUCAUUCCUAUUUCAAAACCAGGUGCACUCCAAUUUGGCAUUUAAAUGAUGAUGAAUGUGUCAUGUAAACACAUACGAGUGGUGUCAUUUCAUUCCAAAACACAUACAGCAGUCGAUAUGAAAGUGUCAUGCAAUAAUACUGCCUACAACCAUUGCAGAGUCAGCUACUUGCGUAUAUAUAAGUAGUCAUUCAUCGGGGACCGCGAUGCACACUUGCAUCCUGGCACCUCACAUGAAUGCCUUGAAAGAAGAAGCAUGUUGAUGGAAAUGUGGGAGUUGCGUUUAAUAGUCUGGCCGGCAGGCUGGCCGGCUGGCCGGCUCUUUCAGUACGUACAGCGCAGCGCUUGACACCUUGAUGUCUCAUUUAAUGUUCGUGUCGUGUAUGAGCAAACGUGAAAGAGUCAUCAAAAACAAGUGGAAGCUGACGUAAAAAUUUCAUGACGCUCAUGAAAAGCAAAGAGAUGCACGGCUGGCUGGCCGGCUCGCUGGCUGGCUGGCUGGCCGGCAACAAGACGAGUUUCAACAAGUCUUAGUUUAUUUGUAGAAACUAAUACCCUAUCCAUUCCACGUUUGUCGCCUUACCGAGAAGCUUCAUUGUCUUCAAACAACAUUUCUGUCUGUCAACACGCUUGAUCGCUAAAGAGGUUUGCAAUUUGUCGUCUAUGUCGAGGUGGGUUAUUUCUAUCCUUUUGUUUCCGUGAAUCAGAUGCUGGCUUCCUUCUCCUGUUGUUGAUGAUAAAGGUGUAUUGAUGAAAACCUGCGAUGAAAGAGUCUGUAACUCAGUCUCCGGUUGGAUAGCGAAGCACACCUCAUCAACUUUCCAAGCACUGCAUCUCUUCCUUUAUGUCGAACCUGAAACUUUGAUUGAAAUGACGUUCAGUCGAUUUUCUUCGCGGACGCAAUAAAGUGGAAAAUAAAGACA